CGUCACCACGGAAACUGAGCCUAUCAGGACAUCCUCCAGUCCUGUUGUGUUUGGUCAUGAAACGGAGGUCAGGGGAGAGAGAGCCAGAUAAAUGAAUGAAAGCAGACGAGGUUUGCCCCCACUGGACAUGAUUUUUGUCUCAAAUGUGAGCGUGGAUGUUUGGCGUGGACACUGCGGCUGAGUGGAGCUGACGUCAAAGCCUGCUCUCUUCCAUCAUCACCACCGGUCCAGCUCUAUCUUGAAGACACAUCCGCUCCCUUCAGGCAGUUUUUCCGUUUUGGCUAGGAGGUAAACGGAGGGCAUCGCUCUGCGUGGUCGCAGCCUCGGGCCAGACGGACUGAAUCAAGCACUUUACUACCAUCAGGGAGUCCAGAGGAGAAAGCCUGCAGAUAACGCCCGCCAUCUUUUAAAGAAGUCAUGCCCAUCUGGUCUCCUCAUGGCAGGGUCACUAUGACGAUCACCUCCCUCCGCUCCCAACCGGUGUUGCUGCUGGCGGUGGCCAUGCUGCUCUGCCCGGUCGGCCAGGUGACGUGUCAGGAGAAAAGCGACACACGGUCACCUGCCCAGGUUCUGCAGGACCUCCUGGCCCGCUACGGAGACAACAGUACCAUCACGGUGCCUCAGCUGCGCUCGCUCCUGGCGCUGCUGAGUCAGAGCCAAAGUGAAAGCUCAAACGACGGCCGAGAUGAGGCAGAGAAUACGACAGUUACGCCACCCAAAACAAACAGCUCCAAGUGCUUGCCUGCAGACACGCUGGCCAUUUACAGCAUCAGUGAGCAGUCACGGCUGGACGGGCCGGGUCUCCAGGAGCUGUGCCCCACCAUGCUGCAGCAGCUGGACGCUGGCACUUGCAAGAUGAAAAAGGGGGAGGAGCUAAACACUGACCCCGCCCCCAGGCCUUCAGAUGCAGAAGUUUGGGGUUAUGGGCUCCUGUGUGUGACACUGAUCUCUCUGUGUUCGCUGAUCGGGGCCAGCGUGGUGCCCUUCAUGAAGAAAACCUUUUACAAGCGGCUGCUGCUCUACUUCAUAGCCCUGGCCAUUGGCACGCUGUACUCCAACGCCCUGUUUCAGCUCAUCCCCGAGGCCUUCGGUUUCGACCCGUUGGUGGACUUCUACGUAUCCAAAUCGGCCGUGGUUUUCGGAGGCUUCUACCUCUUCUUCUUCACAGAAAAAGUUCUCAAGGUUCUCCUUAAGCAAAAGCAAGGGAACCACGGCCACAGUCACUACAGUGCCGAAGAUCGUUACUCGGCCCCGGACAGGGACGCCGAGGAGGGCGAGAAGCUGCAGCAGAACGGAGAGGCCGGCAGCCUGGCGCAGGGGAAAGUGGACGAGGUCGGGGAGGGAGAGCUCAUGCUCAGCCCCGGACAAGCGCCACAGGAGUCUGAGAGUCCGGAGAGCGCGGCGCGUUCGGGCAGCCGAGGCGGCGGCUGCUACUGGCUGAAGGGAACGACCUACUCUGACAUCGGCACGCUGGCCUGGAUGAUCACGCUGAGCGACGGCCUGCACAACUUCAUCGACGGCUUGGCUAUCGGCGCCUCCUUCACCGCCUCGGUCUUCCAGGGCAUCAGCACCUCCGUGGCCAUUCUUUGUGAGGAGUUCCCACACGAACUUGGAGACUUUGUGAUCCUCCUGAAUGCCGGCAUGAGCAUCCAGCAGGCGCUGUUCUUUAACUUCCUGUCGGCCUGCUGCUGCUACCUGGGCAUGGGCUUUGGGAUCCUGGCCGGCAACAGUUUCUCUCCGAACUGGAUCUUCGCUCUGGCUGGAGGAAUGUUCCUCUACAUCGCUCUGGCAGACAUGUUUCCAGAGAUGAACGAGGUGAGUCGUGAGGAAGAGGACGCAGGUGGCAGCAGGUUCAUCAUCACCUUCGGCAUCCAGAACGCGGGACUCCUGACGGGCUUCGCCAUCAUGCUCCUCCUCACCACGUAUUCAGGACAGAUCCAGCUGGGCUAGCGCCGGACUCUGGUAGAAACGGGGCACAGUUCUGCUGCUGGGAUCCGAUUGUGCGGCGGGAACGCACAGUCCUGUAUUUAGAAGAACUGGCUGCUUUUGUGCAGCUCUGACAUGCAGUAAAGUUCAUGACCUUCUAACUUUUUUUCUCUCUUAUGACGGUUUUAAAACAUCAACCCAGUUCUCCUUUAACCACAUUUUCCUUUUGAAAGUCUCUUUGUUUUCCUCUUGCUCGUUUGUCCUCGACGUUCCUCUGAUCUGGGAUCGGUUAAAGUUCACGCAGGUGAAAAUAUCAGUGAUUCUUUGUGAAAGCAGAUCAAAAUAACAGCUGCUGUGAACGUUUUACUUUUGUUUGUUUCUUAUGCUUUCCCUAUACCAAAAAAGCACAAAUCCUGAAGGACUUUGAGGUGGAAAUAUUCCUUCCAUUUGAACAUUUUUGUGUGAAUUUUGUUUAUAACAUUUAAAAACUAGAGAAAAGUUUGGUGAAGGGCUACACGAUGAUCCUGGAACAUUAUUGCUUCUUUGUCUUCUUUAUGCAGUGAUGGAUCCUUCAUUGUGAAGAUUAUGUUUAAUGUCUUUUUUUUCCAAGAGGCCCAUGCAGUGGCAUUUCUCUACAGUUUACCAUCUGUGCCCUUCAUUUAUAAAAGCUGCAAAUAGUUUUUUAGAUUUUUUUUUCAUUAUGUGUAAUCCAGGGUGCAUAUCUGUGGUCUCAUGCUUUAUUUUAUUUUAUUUUUUUGUCCUCAAAUAUUCUGUGGAUUUCCAAUUUUUACGAGUUCAUGAUCUUAUCUGUGUUUACCUUCCUCAACUUAUUGAUUAGUGAUAAGUGAUACCCAAUCCUCGCUGAAGUUACCCAUCAAAUAUAUUCCAUUAAUGUUUACGUUAUGAAUCACCAGGUGUUUAAAAAAACUACUAGAUAACUUGAAACUUCUCCAAAAAUUUAAUUAUUUUCUGCUAAAUACUUGAGCCUGAAAAAGAAGCACCAGAUAAAACUUUUUUCUAAUCAAUUAAAUGUUAAAUCAAGGCAAUUAAAAAAAAACAAUCACCAAAUUAUCUCAAAUUUGAGCCUCUUGGUUGAACAAAACAAAACGUUUCUUUGUGGAGGAAAAAUCAAGUUUCAGAGAAAUGGCACUAAAGUUGCCAGCUGAAAAGUUGCCGUCCAGCAGGGUAGAAAAGAGCCUCUGUCUUUAGAAAUUAAUUGCGCACAUGACAGAAGAACAGCUGAGUACCUGAGUUCAGAUGGUGUGAUUGAAACAAACUGAUACCAUCCCAACAAAUUAUCUACUUUUCUUCAAAAUGAACUCAUUGCUAUCGCUUCAUUUCCAGCUUUUAGAUCCCAAAAAUCUGAAAAUUCUCUCAGAAAAGUGUUUCGUUUUUUUUUUAACUAAGAGGACUUUCAUGUUUGAAGGCAAAAACUGCUGUGAAGUGUCACAUACUGACUAUAACUGAUUUUAAUUAUAGACAUGAGUGAAGUUGGUUCUCUGUCUUCUUCAAAUCUAACAAAAUUGGUGUCAAACGUUUGUGCAGCAAAAAUUCCCGUUUGUGCCGCAAUCAUUUAAAAUAUGAUAAUAAAUGUUUGCAGAGGUCAUGGAAGGUCUUCAAAUCAAACUCUACAUUUGUGCUGCAAACGUUUUUUGUGCUGCUGUGGCUUUGAGGAUAUCAAUGAAAGUUUAAAGGUCAACCAGCCCCCCCCCCUCAUUACCCAAAUCUGACUAUAUUGGUGUUAACACAAAAUUUUCAUUUGUGCCGUUAUCAUUUUAAAGAUACUAAUAGAAAAGUUUCUAAGAUCACAUUUACAAAAUCAGACAAAUUUGGUAUCAACUUAGCUACAUUUGUGCUGCAAUUUUUUUUUUUAAUAUUCAUGAAAGCUAAAAAGUCUAAAGGUCAACCAGCCUGCCAACACAUUAGCCAAGUCUGACAAAACUGGCGUCAAAUAUUUGUUCAGCCAUUUUUUUGUUUGUGCCGCUCUCAUUUUGAAGAUGUUAAUAAAAAACGUUUCCAGAGGUCACGUUUAGAUAAGCAAAAAAAUUUGGUGUCAAUCAACUCGGCUAUGUUUGUGCAGCAAAAAUUUUAUUUGUGCUGCUUUUCAUUUGAAGAUAUUGAUGAUGACUUCUGGAAACUUUUUUAUUAAUAUCUUUAAAAUGAUAGUGGCACAAACACAAAUUUUUACUGCACAAACGUUUGACGCCAAUUUUGUUAGCUAUGGGUAAUGUGGGAGGGUUUGUUGACCUUUUAACUUUAAUUAAUAUCUUGAAACCAAAAGCAGCGCAAACAUUUGACAACAAUUUUGUUAGAUUUGAAGAAUGUAGGAGGGACAACUUCACUCAGGUCAUAGUAUGGGGCAUUGUAGCCCUUUUUAGUUCUCAUAAAAUACGUUUCAAAGAGUAUGUGAUUGUUAUUAACUCCAGAGAUGUGCAAUAAUGGCAGCAUUAUUGAUUUUAAUGCUGCAUUUAUUUGUUCUAUGACAACAGACACAUAUGGUUAUUAAAAACCUUUAAAGAACAAGUUAAAAUAAGUGUUAAGUGAAACGUUUGGCUAAUUGGUUUUUAUGCCGGUUAAUGUAACUAAGUUUAUUAUUAAAGAUGACUUUAGUUGCAAAUUGCACCAUGGGAAUAUGUUUUGUUUAGUGUUUUUGUAGAAAAUGACUCCCAGUUUGGUGCAUCGCUGGCCCUUUAAAUAUUCCGAUAUCCUAGAAAUAGAUUUAAAAAUCCAGCAAAACCAAAAUGAUCUGAGAUUAAAUCCUUCACAUCGUUCCUUAGAUCCAUUCUAUAUAUUUUUAUAUAUAAAUAUAUAUAGUAUUUGAAAGAACUGUAGAAUAUUAACUUAAAUCAAUUCCUGGACGGUGAAGGUGAGAUAGCUGAAUAGAUAGUGCAGAAUCACUGCUGACUGAGGAAGUGUGGGAGUAUUUAAUAUUUUUUUCAAGCCAUAAAAUAUUUAUUUUAUGCUUUACACUUCAAGCCAUGGCAGCAGUGACGUUUCCUGGUUUUGUUUCGUUUGUCUUUGCGUUAUUGUUUGGAAUAAAACUGGAGACCUGAGUUGGCAAAUCAUGAAAACUUGCUGUAUUACAUGUUUGAGCUGUAUGUUAAAUCUAUACUGAAAACGAGUGUAAGAACGCUAAACCAGUUCAUGAAUCUGCAAUCAUUUAAAGAAAAUCUGUCCUGAAGUUUAACGAUUCCAACACUCCUUCAUAUAUGAAGAUAAUUUGCAUAGUAUUGUAUGCAAUGUAGUUUAUUGUUAGCCUUCUCUGUCAUGACAAACUUUUUAUAAAACAUUUUCUAUGAAA